UUCCCUACCUCAUCCAAUGCCGCCUCAACCUCGCACUCCCCUCCUCCACCUCUCCAUCCCCAUCCCCUCACUCUCCUCACCUCCCUUACUCUUCCCUCAACAACACCCUCCGCUUCCCCAUUACCUUUUACCUCCCCAUCAUCCUCACCACCCUUCCCCUCAUCCGCCGCACCUUCAACCCCCUCUCCCUCCCCUUACCCUCACCCCUCCCCCUCUGUCUCCCCCAUCAUCAACCUCCCCACAUCAUCAUCCUCCCCCUCCUCUUCCCACUCCACUCAAUUUCCCUCCCCU